GUGGAACCAGUCAAUACAGAUACUCAACUGUCUUCACAAGGCAUGGAUCCAGUGGGAGUGAACUCAAUAGAGACUGCAGCUCUGGGGAGACCCUUCCAGCUGGGGAUGCUGUAUGACCUCAGGAGAGAUGCUCUCGUACCAGGAAUCAGACUUUGGAGUAAAGAGCAGCUGAAGCAGAAACCCCAAAUCAAUACAGUUUUCACAGUCACCGCUUCAGACUCCAUUGAGGAAAAGUCUAGAUUGCUGAAUAUUGGUGGAUGUCUGAAACUGAGUGUUUUAGGAGGACUCAUCAGUGUAAGUGGAGCUGCUAAUUUUCUCAAGGACACAAAAAGAUCAUUCAGUCAACAGAGACUGACAUUACACUAUCAUUCCACCAGUAAGUUUGAAGAACUGAUCAUAAACCACUUUGCUUCUGGAGACAUGGCUCACUAUGAAGAUGACGUCGCCACACAUGUAGUGACCGCAGUGCUGUACGGAGCAGACGCAUGCUUUGUGUUUGAUAGAGAAGUUUCAUCAGAUGAGGACAAAAGCGUGAUAGCAGGAGAAGUAAAAGCAGCAUUAGAGCAGCUAAAAGGCAUUUCAGCCGGUGUUAACAUUAAUCUGAAUCACAAUCUGAAGACCACUGCUCAAAAAUUCAAGUGUACAUUUUAUGGAGACUUCCAGCUACCUUGUAACCCGACCACUUUUGAAGAUGCUAUGAAGGUUUUUGAAGAUCUUCCGAAACUGCUGGGAGAAAACAAAGAGCUUGCGGUUCCUCUGAGAGUUUGGCUUUAUCCUUUGGACAAACUUUUCUCAAGAGUUGUAAAGUUUCAGCAUGAAAUCAGCACAGGUUUAAGCUCAGAUCUUGAAUCUGUAAUUGAGAGUUUGAGUACGACUGAGAUGAAAUGCAGUGAUCUUCUGACGGACACGCCAGCUUCGACAUUUACUGCAUUUCAUGACAAAAUCAAUGACAUGAAGAAAAACUGCUACCAGUACAGAUUGAGUCUCAUGAAGAAACUCGGCUCUCUCUUACCGAAGAUCCGUGGAAAAUUCACAGAGGACACAGCAUUGAUCGAUCUUCUACGAGAUCAUGAGCAAUCUCCAUUUGAAAGAAGCGCUCUUGAACAAUGGCUGAAGGAGAAAGAGGAAGAAUCUGACAUUAUUAAAGCUUUGCUCACACAACUGAACGACUCUGGAGCAACGGUAGAAAACAACCUCAAUAAAUAUCUAAUGAAUCUGGAUGUUCAACAUUUGGUCAGCUACACUUUCACAUCAUUGAGCUGGACAGAUGAGCUGCUUUCUGAACAGAAGACCUUCCUGAGUUCUUCAACAAAAGAGAGAAAACCCGAACACAAGACUUGGCUCACGCUGGACAUCCAGAAGACUAUGAGGAACAACCUGAGAGUAUUUAAACACCUGAUUGAUUUAAACAACAGCAAAUCAGUCAAAUUCAUUAUUUCAUCAAAAGAAAUGGAAAAUAAUCCAGGUUCCUGCAUUCUCCUGUAUGAAAAUGAAUCUAAUGAAUCUGUUUGCUUCACUCCUCCAUCAAAACCAGACUGUCCAAUCAUUGAAGAUAUCAGAUAUAGACAAGUGGAUCUGAAAGUGUCUCCACCGGGUCCUGAUACAGAGGAACUCAAAUUACUGUAUAAAAUGAAGGAAGAGAAAGACUGGACAUCUCAAACUGUGUCAAAGACCCAGAAUACAGUUACUCUGACUGAUCUCAGACCAGAUACUGAGUACAAUAUUAAAUGUGCAGCGGUGGGAAAACUCAACUACACCGUAGAGAGUGAUGUGACGCGUCUCACAGUCAUAAACCAGAAUCUCAUCAAGGCCAAAGAGUCUGCUAUCGACAAUCUAAGGUGGACUGAAGACAAGUGCAAUUUACAUUUGGAAAACAUCAAGGAAACCACUUUUAGUUCACUUCAUAAGAAAAUACAAGAUAUGCAGCAAAACUGCCAAAAGUAUCGGGAAGAUUUCAGUGACCGGAUUAAAUUUGUGAUCCAGUCGGUUAAAGCGUGUGAGAAAGAGUCUUGUGCUCUGAAGGAUCUUCUUCAAGCUCAUGAUGAGUCUCCAUUCAGUGAAAAGAGUCUGAGAGAGUGGAUCACAGUGAAAGAUAAUGAAAUUAACACCGUUAAUGAGUUUCUUCGACAGUUGAUGGAUUUAGGAGUCGAAGUGAACACAAGCUUGGACUCGUAUUUGUCUGAUAUUCAGGUGGAGAAUGUGUUUUGUUACACUUUCAGUUCUCUUGAUCAGCCGGAUGAGUUUCUUAAUGAACAAGAAAAUUACAUGAAUAAUGAAAUGAUGAGAAAUCCACAGAAGAAACCUGACGUGGCGUCUCAAUCGUGGCUCACUGGAAGCAUCCGGGAGAAAAUGAGAGAACAUUUGAACUUAUUUAAGGAGCUGAUGAAGUCAUAUAGCAGUCAAAGCAGUAAAUUUAUGGUUUCCAUAAAAAUGCAUGACAGGCAUCCAGGUUCCUGCAUUCUCCUGUAUGAAAAUGAAUAUAAUGAAUCUGUUUGCUUCACUUCUCCACCAAAACCAGACUGUCCAAUCAUUAAAGAUAUCAGAUAUAGACAAGUGGAUCUGAAAAUGCCUCCACCGGGUCCUGAUACAGAGGAUCUCAAAUUACUGUAUAAAAUGAAGGAAGAGAAAGACUGGACAUCUCAAACUGUGUCAAAGACCCAGAAUACAGUUACUCUGACUGAUCUCAGACCAGAUACUGAGUACAAUAUUAAAUGUGCAGCGGUGGGGAAACUGAACUACACCACUGAAUCUGAUGUCAUCACAGUUAUCACAAAGAGCAAAAAUGAUCUCAUCAAGAAAAGCAUCUUAAUUGAAGAUGGAAAUCGUGCUCGAUAUCGACUGCAAACACAGACACACAAUACUGAUCAAUCUGAACAAUACAGAAAAAUGACCUUUGGAGAGAGAGACAAAGACAAACCCCAUAAAACCAUUCUGAUGGUGGGAGAAACAGGAACUGGAAAAACAAAACUGGUCAACGUGAUGAUCAACUACAUGUUAGAUGUUCAGAGAGAAGACAAGGUUUGGUUUGAGAUCACAGAUGAUCAGAGUCACCGAACAUCAGUUCACAGUCAGACCUCCAUCAUCACUGUUUAUGAGUUUUAUCUACAAGAGAGUAAAACUGAUCUAACGAUCAUCGACACACCAGGACAUGGAGACACUCGUGGAGUUGAGAAAGAUAAAGAGAUCGCUGAGAGUUUGCUUAGUUUAAUUAAAUCUGCAGGAGUCAAUGAAUUAGAUGCAGUGUGUCUGGCGAUUAAAGAAUCACAGAAUCGACUCUCUGACAGACAAACAUACAUAUUUGACGCUGUUCAGUCUUUAUUUGGAAGAGAUACUGAUGAAAACAUAGUUUUGCUAAUCACAUACUCUCAUGGAUCUGUCCCUAAAUCUGCUCUGACGGCUGUUAAAGAGGCUAAAAUCAAGUGUGCCGUGAAUGAACAGAAUCAGCCGCUGUAUUUCCUGUUUGACAACUGUCAAGGAGAGACGUUUCAUGAAGAAUAUCAGAUGAUCCAAAAGCAAUCAUGGGAUCUCAGUUUUAAAGGAAUGACGCAAUUGUUCAAGUUUCUUGAGAGUGUAAAACCAAAAUCCCUGCAGAUGACUCGAGAUGUGUUGCAGAAACGGAAACAGUUGGAGGCAAAUAUCUCUAAUCUACGCUCACGAGUUCAACUGACAGAACUAAAGCAGAAUGAGCUGAAACAAACCCAAGAAGCUCUGGAGAAGAACAAGGAACAUGUCAAAAACAACAAGGACUUUGAGUAUGAAGUCGAAGUGAAAUAUAAAGUGAAGGUUGAUAUUGAUCGCUCUAAAGCCAGUGUGGCAGUGUGUUGCAGUGUAUGUGAGGAGAACUGUGUUUAUUCAGAUAAUGGGUGGAUCAGAAGUCUCUCAUGGUUCAGUAUGAUGAAAGAUGAUCACUGUACAGUGUGCAGAAAUAAAUGCCACUCCAGCAAACAUGUCAGAGAAGCAAAAAUAUAUGAAACAAAGACAAAGAAGGAGAAGAGGACAAAUGCAGAUUUGAAGAAGAAAUAUAAUGACAAAAUCAGUGACUGUGUAUUUAUGGUCCAGAAGCUGGAAGAAGAACUGCAGGAAUUAGAGAAACAGAAAAUUAAGCUGGUGAAUGAAGCUUUUCUCUGUGUGGAAACUCUGGAGAAGAUCGCACUCAAAACUGAUUCACUGAACACACUUCUGCACAUUGAUUUUCUAAUAGAGAAGUUGAAGGAAAUAAAUGAGCAUGAAAAAGCUGAAAUACUGGAAAACAUCAAGAGGAGAGCAGGAGAAGAAAAACACAGAGUACUGGGAUACAUAAAAAAAAUAAAUAAUUAUGUUUGAUUGCUAUAACAUCUGUGGUCAGUAGUUAGCCUAAGUGUUGCAUGUGAAAACCAUGUCUAUGCUGAUUCUACCACAUUAUCAUAAACCAACCAGCUUGUAAGGAUCCUGAAAAUGCCUGUAUGCCUGUAAGUUGCUUAAUAAACAGCCUCUGCUAAAUUAGAAAAUGUCAAAUACAGACUAGCCCAUAUUGAUUAUUGUAAUUUCUUGUGAUAUGAAAUUUAAAGCAGCAUAAUCCAAAGAGUUUUGUGGAGUAAGAUACUGUUGUAAAUCAAGACAACAUUAUUGUAUUGUAAAAUCAGCAAAUUGAUAGAAUGUAUGUUUUGGGAAAUGAUGUCCAUUAAAACUGUCACAUAAAAACGGCUGUAUAAAAACGGUUAGUUGUAUUACUAAGCACUGCCACCUAGCGGACAUAUGAGACAAUAAUCAUCCUUCAUGAAAUACAGUGAACUAAUUGUGUUAUGGCUUUAAUAAAAAACUUUACUGGGACUAUA